AUGUCGAAGCGACACCGCGAAGAUCAAUGGCAAGAGAGUGGCCCCAAGUUUCAUUUCAUCCUCUGGGAAAGCUCUGCAGAGGGCUUUGUUUAUGAAAGUCCUUUAAGGGUCGAUGCUGUGAUCGAUGAGGGCGACAGCGGUACUGGCGAAGGUCCACGACUUUGCAAAGAGUGCGACGGUGUGACCGAGCCCUGGAAGCGAAGCCUUGAGUUGGUGCAUUGCUGCCUCCGCAUGACUGCCAAAGAGGGUCGUGCUUUCCGUCCGGAAGUCCUCCACCUGGCCGCCUUGUCUCCGCAGACGGCGAUUGACUACAACGUUGAGUCGUUCCGAUUGUACAACAAGCGUCGCCGGAAGAAUGUGCUUACGGAGAGCACGGUGCUGGCCGUUCCAGUGCAUGUGAUGGAAGGGACAGUGUCAGCGGACGAGUCUGGCGUGACGGUGGAACAGCUUCAAGGGGUGCUCACACCGCGAAAGCAGAUGAAAGACACGAAGGUUGUGGAGCAGGCCAAGACCUCUCGCCGAGUGGCCCGGCUCGCACCUGCACUCAGCGCUGCUGGCAGGAGGGGAAGAUGGAGGAGUGCUUGCUGCCUGGAGGCAUCAAGUUUUGGGAAGGUCGCUGCAUCCAGGUCCUGGAAGGUCACAUGGGCACCGACAUGGACUUUCGAGGUCAUUCUUUGGUGGCCAGUUUGGGGUUCAAUGGAAGCAGUAAUUGUGCUCGGCUCUUUGCUGCAAUCGAAGGCUCAGUGGCCCAAGUUGGAGCUGCCACUUGUGCCAUACCCUAGAAAAGACAAUGGGAAGAGAAGGAGCAGGUUGCUUGCUGGUAUGUACGGCGGCCGACCGCAUUCACGAGGAAAACGAUGCUUGUAUGAAGGCAGGAGUGUGAAGAAAAGGAGAGCAGGACAAAUGAAGGAAAGGUGA